ACCAGGCGAGUUGCGUGCAAGCUAGCGGAAAUCUGCAGUGUUCCUCCACAGUGCGAGGCGAGCAAGACAGAAGCCAGUCGUGGAGCGGAGCUUCGUUAUCGCCCGUAUCACCCGCGGACAACUCCACGCCGCCAUCGUGCCAUAAUCAAGGCGUCACCAUGACCACCAUGAUGGACGCCCCAGUAAGUGUGACGUCCACUCCGAACAGAGCGUCCCGUCUCACACAGAUGCAGGCGCGGUUCCAGCAGAAACAGAUGCAGGAGAAAGAGGAGAAACUGCUCAGGUUGUACGAGAGUCAGACUCAGAAGGCGUUUCAACGUGUGGGCCGCGGUAGCGCGGGCAGUUCCUCCUCUUCUGUGUCGUCGACUUCGUCUUCGCUCGGCGGAGGCAAAGUCCGUCAGUUAUUCCAGGACAGAAGACAUCCUGGACGGUCGUACACCAACGGUAACAAGCAAGGAGCUUCGGGUCCUACAGGCUGGGACCGCAGUUACCCACUUGAACCCCUCGAAAGCGUCACAACUACCACAAAACGUCUUCAAGUUUCCAGAAGCACCGGUAAUCUUAAAGCUGCUAGAGGAAUCAGCCUUGAGAGGAACUAUUCCAACAGUGUCGUAACAAAUAACCAGCACAUCCAGGCAAAGAACGAGGCCCGUCGGUCGAAAAGUCAAGUUCGUAGUAACAAUUACGUCUUAGCCGAACCAGAGGGCAGUUUCAGACAGUUGGAUCUUCCUCAGCAGAAACUAUACCACGACCAAGAUAACGACGAUGAUGACUAUGUAGAUUACCCGCAAAAUCAUCAUUCGAGAGCUUAUCAAGACGAACAGAAUAACAGAACUCGUUCAGCAAGAGAACACAGGGAAACGGAAAUUUUCCACAAACACAGAAUUUCCGACAAUUAUGAACACGAAGAUAUCGAAAAUGAAGAUCCCCCAUUUCAACAACUUGAUGACGACGAUGAUGAUUAUGAUGUGAAUGACUUCAAUGAUUCAUCACAAGCGUUUCAGAAACUUCCUAACGUUGGCGGUCGACUCCUGAUGGAAACCAAAGCCAAUAAUAUCAAUAACAAUAAUAAUAAUGUUGAAAGGUAUAAAACUUUCAAUUCGGUGAGCAAUGGAAUUCGUGCCAACAGAAGGAAUAUGAGUGAAAGACAGGGCAGUGGGAAGACAGCGACGCCUCCCGCCGACAAGGACCCUCCUCAGCGUCGUCGGGACCCACAGGAAGCUGCCCCAGUGCCCAAACCCAGGGCCACGAAGCCAGACGUAAAGGUCACAAGUAAUUCAUCUCCGGCAAAGGGGUCACCACCUAAAAAUACCGCUCCGAGAAAACAAGAAUCCGUCAGUCAGGAAGCAGAUUCGGCAAGCAUGUUUGGCAAGAAGAAAGGGACAGAACGUGGUCAAGCCCCCCAGACACCGCCACGUGGUCCAACAGCAAGAGGUCCUCCUGCUAGGGGGUCUGUAGGGGCCCAAUCACUUCAGGAUCUGAACGAGUGUCGAAUUUGCGGCAGAAAUUUUGCAUCAGAUCGUAUCAUUAAACACCAAGAAAUAUGUGCGAAGACAACUCAAAAGAAGCGAAAGGUGUUUGACCCUACGAAGCAACGAGUAAAGGGAACUGACGCAGAGGCCUUCUUGAGAAAGGGUCGGCCACAGGCAGUAAAAACUGUAAAGAAAUCAAACUGGCGGCAGAAACACGAAGACUUCAUCAACAACAUCCGAGCGGCAAAAGAGAUGAAGGCACACAUAGCAAGAGGAGGGAAACUGUCCGAUCUUCCUCCGCCUCCACCUUCAGAUUAUUCCGAUUACGUCCAAUGUCCUCACUGCUCACGACGCUUCAACCAACAGGCCGCAGAGAGGCACAUUCCAAAGUGUGCCAACUUUGAAUUCAAUAAACCUAAAACACAGCAAGCAGGCAGAGGUACGCCGCAUAAAGGCGCGGUACCCCGGAAACGCUGACGACAAAACUGAGUCUUCUUUGAUAAAUACUUAUGAUCAGAAAUCAUUACCCAUUUAAAUCAUCUUAAAAACUUUAAGCUACCAUACAUUUAACGACAGAUAUAAUUUUAACAGAUCAGAAUUUAACACCAAGUACUUCAAAUUACAUUCCACUUCCUUGCAGACUGAUGAUGGAAAUACUUAAUGAGUUAACACGAUAUUCAUAUUUCAUAUAUAAAAAAUGUAAUAGUAUAUGCCUACAUUUUAUUAAUACAGAAUAUGUAAUAUUUAAUUUAUUUGUAUCUGCUUAAGAACACUGAGGUCUAGAACCAAUGAAUGUAUAGAUAAUGGUCAUAACUGUAAGGGUUGGUAAAGAAAUUGAUUUCUUUGGUAUAAUAUUUAAGGAGCCUAUUAAAAGUAUAUUAACAUUAUGUAUAUACCAUGGGAAAAGUGAAGCUUAAAUAUUUCUGACAGUAGUGCGACACAAUACAUAUAAUUAUUGAUGAAAGACUCUUGGGCAACGAGCCGCGUCAGGUGGCUGAAUGGUGAAUGAACCAUUUCUUCCGCCAACGUUUCGAGGGCCAUCUCUGCUCUCAUCCUCAGGGCAGCCGCGAAACUAGACUGGUCCUAUGUAGAGCACUCGCCGUUGGGAAGAAAUGGUUCAUUCGCCAAUCAGCCACCUGACGUGGCUCGUUACCCGAGAGUCUUACGUCGACUUCAGUCGCCGCAAAAGCUUCACUUUAUACAUAUAAUUAUUGUUGGACUUUAUCCAUCAUCCACGUGUUCCUAAUUGAAACCACGCAGAAUUAAGAGUAGCUCAAACCAACAAAAACAGAGAAGAGUUUUGUUCUCCCGCCAUUCGUCUGAAGAUGGAUACAGAAACAAUUUCUGAUAUGUCAUGGUUUUAAUUUAAAAACCAUUUAAAAAAUGGAUAAAGUCCGAUAGAAUAACUAUGCACGUGUUACCACACAGACAUCCAUUAGGUAACAUUCUCUUUUGUAAAAAUCAGAUUUCUUUGAUGAAAAUAUAUAAUUUAUACUGAA